AUCGCACAAUUUUUCAUCUACACUAAACACUAACUCUCUUUCUCAGUAUCUUUCUCUCUCUCUCAAUCUCCUUCACCGGUAGAAGUUAUUGCAAUCAGUGAGUUCACAAGUCCUUAUCUUCAUCUCCCUCUAGAAACCUUUUUUCAAAUUUCAACCAGUUUCCUGAUUUCAAACCCCCCAUUAAAAUUUUCUGAACACGUUUUUGCCUUGUUAGGUUUACACUCCUUUAUAGUGUUUUAAUGCUAUUGCUAUCCAUGGCCAUGGCUAAUGGCUUUUCAUUGCUUAUAAAACACUAAACUUGUCCAUGUUCUUUUUCCAUCCUGUAUAUUUUUUUCACAGAAAGUUUUCCGGGGAAAAGAUUAAUGGCAAUCGAGCUUGAAAGUUCUGGUGUAAGUCCGAGAAUUUCUUUUUCUCAUGAUUUUUGUCAGUCUGAUAUUCUGCCUGCGGUGGAGCCAAACCCUCGAAGAUCAAAUUCAAUAGGCAUUGAUUUCGACUUUUGUGUUCGUAAAAGCUUCGAUCAAGAUUCGUCGUCAGCCGAUGAGCUUUUUUCCGAUGGAAAAAUUCUCCCCACACAAGUCAAGAAAAAGACUAACAACACAAAUCCGGCUGCUCCAGGCACAAAAAAUCCUGAAGAAACAAAAGAAGACAGCUUGAAAAGAAGCAAGCCAGUGUUGAAGAAAGAAACUGGCGAUGACAAUAAUCAUUUAGAAGACAAUAGUGGUAAUAAUAAUAACAAUAUGAAGCAAAGUUCAAAGUCGUUUUGGAGGUUCAAAAGAAGCAGUAGUUUGAACUGUGGCAGCGGUUACCGGAGGAGUUUGUGCCCUUUGCCGCCACUUUUACACCGCAGCAAUUCAACCGGCUCUGCAAUGAAUAAUUCACAGAAACAAGCUUCAAUAAGGUCAUCUUCACAUUCUUCAUCGACAACCCAUCAGAAGCCUCCACUGAAGAAGAAUUAUGGAUGGUAUGGGAAUGGUAAUAUUCAUGUGUAUCAAGUUCUGAAUGUCCCAUCAGGGAAUUUUUUCGGUUUAGGGUCAAUCUUCUCCAACGGCAAAGACAAGAACAAGAAGAAAUGAAUGCUAAAUGGUUAGUUUAUAUAAUUAAGGGAUUUUGUUUUUGUUAAUUAGCCUAUAUUUGGUUUCUUGAUGUGGAGUGACAGGAUGAGAAAGAAAUGGUGUCUGAUGAAAGAAGAUAGAGAGGAGAGAAAGAUAUCAUUCAUGGCACAUGGUUUGUAGAAGAAAAUGACAUGUAACCCUUGCUUUCAUGGCUGUCCCAUUCUGUUUUUGCUUUAUCUUCUUAUGGUAUGUAUGUGACCAAAAUGUCCGCAAUAUAAUGUUCUUUCACUGAUUUUAGUAAUUGAGAGUGUUUAGGGGAUGAUUAUAAUUAAUGUAUCUUUAAUGGCAAUGGUUAAUUAUGAGUGACAAGGA